AUGGCCGCCGCCAUCCCCAACGGCCACCCCGCCACCGCCUGCGACGGCACGCCCCCAUCCCCACCGCCGUCCUCGUCCUCGUCCUCGCUGGUGUUCCUGGGCACGGGCUGCUCAAGCGCCGUCCCCAACGCGAGGUGUCUGAUCCAGCCCCCCGACCCGCCCUGCGCCGUCUGCUCCCAGUCCCUCUCCGUGCCCCCGGAGCUAAACCCCAACUACAGAUGUUGUACUUCUCUCCUGAUUGAUUAUUGCCAAGAUGAAGGUGCACACAAGUAUAUGAUAAUUGAUGUUGGGAAAACAUUCCGAGAACAAGUUCUGCGGUGGUUCGUUCGCCACAAAAUCCCUUGCGUUGAUUCUAUUAUUCUGACUCAUGAGCACGCAGAUGCAAUCUUGGGUCUUGAUGAUGUUCGGGUAGUACAGCCAUUUAGUCCUACAAAUGAUAUUGAUCCCACUCCUAUUUAUCUCUCCCAAUAUGCCAUGGACAGCAUUUCCCAAAAGUUUCCGUACUUGGUCAAAAAGAAACUGAAGGAAGGGGAGGAGGUCAGGCGAGUUGCUCAACUUGACUGGAGAAUAAUUGAGAGUGAUCUUCAGAAACCAUUUACUGCCUCAGGACUAGAGUUUGUUCCCUUGCCGGUGAUCCAUGGAGAGGACUACAUUUGUCUGGGUUUCCUUUUUGGAAGAAAAUCUAGAGUUGCUUAUAUAUCUGAUGUUUCACGGUUUCCUCCUAGCACGGAAGAUGCAAUUUCGAAGUCUGGCGGGGGGCAGCUUGAUUUGCUCAUCUUGGACUGCCUAUACAGGACUGGUUCUCAUAAUGUGCAUCUUUGUUGGGAUCAGACACUAGAUGCUCUUAAGAGGAUAUGCCCGAAGAAGGCAUUGCUCAUUGGGUUGACUCAUGAGAUGGACCAUUACAAGGACAACCAGACAUUGGAAGAAUGGUCCAGAAGAGAGGGGAUCGAUGUGCAGUUAGCUCACGAUGGCUUGCGUGUCUACAUGGAUCUGUAAAUGUGGCAAGGUAUAUGAUCCUGCGCAUUUAUUCAAUGCCUGGAGGAAUAUAAGUCUAUUAGGAUUAAACAGAU